AUGGAUGACAAUUUAUCGGAUUACGAGGAUUCCUCAUAUGAUUGUCCGACAUUAAGUGCCUAUUAUGACUUCGAGACGGAUUAUGGGAUUGUCGGAUGUGUCAUAGCCUCAUUUGGAAUACUGGGAAAUUUUAUAUCCAUAGUUGUGCUAUCUCAAGCAAGGCUCAAUUCAACAACCUCAUUCUUCUUACGAUGUCUCGCUAUUUAUGAUACAAUUCUGUUAUUUCUACAAGUGCUUAUAUAUGCCAUUCCGUGGAUUAUGGAUAUGUGUAGUUUUUGGGAUCAUAUCUUAUUAGCUGCUUUAUUUAUGGUAUAUCCAUUAUCAGCUGUCGCUCAUACAGGUUCUAUAUACAUGGUUGUGGUUCUUGCCUUAGAACGUUAUUUAGCUGUUUCCAAACCUUUUCAUGCCAUAUCAAAAUGGACGUAUAACCGCGCUCGGAAAAUUUCCCUUAUUGUGUUAGUCUGGGCAUUUGUAUAUAACGCCCCGAGAUUUUUCGAAUACAAACCUCAACUGUACCAUGAUGGUUCCUGGAACAGAACCUGGUUAAAUUCCCAUUCCACCUCACUGACUACUAAUUCGAUGUACAUAAUGAUUUAUCUGGGCUAUAUCAGCUUAGUGAUUGAGAUUAUCGUACCACUAAUAGUACUUACUGUAUUUCAUAUACAACUUUUACAUCUAUUACGAACCAGGCAUAAGUCGAUACUAAGAAUCAAUGCUGUUCGCCAAGCAGACAGACACACACUUACAGCAACAAUAUUUGCGAUAACGUUUAUACUGUUUGGUUGUCAGAGUUUUGUGUUUGCCUACAAUAUUUUACAUUCUACGUUAUGGAAAUCGAGAUGUACCUUGGCAUGUUUUCACGUGCAUCAUAUCACCAUCCUAGUCAUCAUGCUAAAUUCAGCAGUUAAUUUUAUAUUUUACUGUUUAUUGGGUAGAAAGUUCAGAUUGGUUUUAUUUGAAUUGGUACUGGGUCGUAGAACCACCAUGAUCACAAUGAAGUCAUCAGAAGGUAAUGGUCAUUCGCUGGUCAGUAUGGGAAUGUCCACAUGA